CACGCUGAUUGGUAACUAUAGUUUGGAACUAACGUUCCUUUUUUAAUAGAAAAAAAAAAUCAGGCUGCGUUUUUUGAUUGGCUGUUUUCCCCGUCAAACAAAAAUGGUAACACUGCCCUUGUUCUCAGGCGGAGGGGGGCUACAGAUUGAUUUGGGAAUGCCUUCUGAGCUGCAGUUUCGGAUGUUAGUUAGUCUGUGAGAGGAGUUGGAGGCAGUGUGGUUUCGCACUGCUGCACGCUCACAAUGGCGCUCUGGACUGCCAAAUCUUUUUUCCCGUUAUUAUUAACAAUUGGAGUGUUUCUCCUCGCAUCUAACCCGCAGCCCGUCCUGUCGUGCCCCAGCCGAUGCUUGUGUUUUCGUACCACCGUGAGAUGCAUGCAUUUAAUGCUGGAAUCUGUACCUGCUGUGUCUCCUCAAACGACUAUCCUUGACUUGAGGUUUAACAGAAUAAAAGAUAUUCAGCCUGGCUCUUUUAAACGACUUAAAAAUCUCAACACACUGCUCCUGAACAAUAAUCAAAUUAGAAGAAUUCCAAGAGGAGUAUUUGAAGAUUUGGAGAACUUGAAAUAUCUCUAUUUGUACAAGAAUGAAAUCGCAUCAAUUGACAGGCAAGCAUUUAAGGGACUUGUCUCUCUAGAGCAACUGUACCUCCACUUCAAUCAAAUAGAAACCUUGGAGCCAGAAUCCUUUACUCACCUUCCAAAACUUGAAAGACUAUUUUUGCACAACAACAGAAUUACACAUUUAGAGCUGGGGACAUUCUCACACUUGCAGUCUAUGAAAAGGCUCCGUUUAGAUUCCAAUGCCUUGAACUGCGACUGCUCACUCCUUUGGCUGGCGGCCCUGCUGAAGCAGUAUGCAGAAUCUGGAAACGCACAGGCAGCUGCUACCUGCGAGUAUCCCAGGAGUCUGCAGGGCCGGUCUGUCGCCACCCUGACUGCUGAAGAGCUCAACUGUGAGAUCCCAAGAAUCACAUCCGAACCCCAGGAUGUGGAUGUUACUUCAGGAAACACAGUUUAUUUCACCUGCAGAGCAGAAGGCAACCCCAAACCAGAAAUCAUCUGGCUACGGAAUAACAAUGAAUUGGACAUGAGGGACGACUCGCGUUUAAACUUGCUAGAAGAUGGCACCCUAAUGAUCCAGGAUACCCGUGAGACUGACCAAGGAGUUUACCAGUGCAUGGCAAAAAACGCUGCGGGAGAGGUGAUGACUUCUCAAGUCACCCUUCGGUACUUUGGUGCUCCAUCAAGGCCCAGUUUUGUAAUCCAGCCUCAGAACACUGAGGUGCUGGUUGGAGAGAGCGUCACUCUGGAGUGCAGUGCCACAGGGCAGCCUCAUCCACGGAUCUCCUGGACCAAAGGAGAUGGCACUCCUUUACCUAGCGAUUCCCGCAUUGCCAUCACCUCCUCCGGGGGGCUCUUCAUACAGAAUAUCAAUCAGGCCGAUGGGGGACAGUACACAUGCUUCGCAAGCAACAAUGUCGAUACGAUCCACGCAGCAGCAUACAUCAUAGUACAAGCCAUGCCUCAGUUUACAGUCAUCCCAGAGGAUCAGGUAGUGGUGGAGGGGCACACUGUGGACUUGACCUGCGAGGCACAAGGCUAUCCACGUCCUGAAAUAGCUUGGACCAGAGGAGGAAGUCCACUGCCUACUGACAGAAGACGUGUGGUUCUGUCGACGGGAACACUGCGAAUCGCCAGGGUCGCCCCUCAUGACCAAGGCCAGUAUGAAUGUCAAGCCAUCAACAUCGUGGGCUCUGUAAGAACUGCAGUGCAGCUCACUGUACAACACAGAGUAACGCCUGUUUUCACAAGUGCUCCAAGGGACUUGACGGUGGAAUCUGGCAGUGAUGUACAGAUUCCCUGCAGUGCUCAGGGAGAGCCUGAGCCAGUGGUCACAUGGAACAAGGAUGGUGUUCAGGUAACAGAAAGUGGAAAGUUUCAUGUCAGUCCAGAGGGUUUCCUGGCUAUUCGGGAUGUGGGACCAGCAGAUCAAGGGCGAUAUGAAUGUGUUGCCAGGAACACCAUCGGGUACUCCUCUGUUAGCAUGGUUCUGACAGUUCAGGUCCAUGAAAUCAGUCGAAAUGGAGAUCCAUUUGUUGCAAUCUCGAUCAAAGAAGCAAUUGACACUGUUGAUCGUGCUAUCGACACAACUCGGAGAAAUCUGUUUGACAGUAAUAAUCCUCGGACACCAAGUGAUCUGCUUGCCUUGUUCCGUUACCCGAGGGACCCCAAUACUUUUGAGCAGGCAAGGGCUGGGGAAAUCUUUGAGCGAGCUUUACAGCUCAUUCAAGAGCAUGUAAACCAAGGUCUUACAGUCGACACCAAUGGAACGGCUUUUCGUUACAAUGAUCUGGUGUCUCCAAGAUUCCUGGACAUGAUUGCCAAUUUGUCCGGCUGCACGGCCCACAGACGAAUUAACAACUGUUCCGACAUCUGCUUCCAUCAGAAAUUCCGCAGCCAUGACGGCACUUGCAACAACCUGCAGCACCCAAUGUGGGGAGCCUCGCUGACUGCUUUUGAGCGGCUCCUCAAGUCGGUCUAUGACAAUGGCUUCAACCUGCCCAGGGGGGUCAACCCUGCGAGGCAGAUCAAUGGUCACCCCCUGCCCCUCCCACGUUUCGUCUCCACCAGCAUGAUUGGGACAGAAACUAUAACCCCAGACGACAGGUACACCCACAUACUCAUGCAGUGGGGUCAGUUUUUGGACCAUGACCUUGACUCCACAGUGGCUGCCCUGAGUCAGUCGAGGUUCUCCGAUGGGCAGCAUUGCAGCACAGCCUGCACCAAUGACCCUCCCUGCUUCCCCAUCAUGUUUCCACCCAAUGAUCCCAGGACUUUUAGAAAUGCAGCUCGCUGCAUGUUCUUUGUCCGUUCUAGCCCUGUGUGUGGCAGUGGCAUGACCUCAAUCCUAAUGAACUCAGUCUUCCCCCGGGAGCAGAUCAACCAGCUCACCUCCUACAUCGAUGCCUCUAACGUCUAUGGGAACUCUCAUCACGAUUCGGAGGAGAUCAGAGACCUGGCCAGUCAGAGGGGCCUGCUGAGACAAGGCAUUGUCCAGCGGUCUGGCAAGCCGCUCCUACCCUUUGCCACUGGCCCUCCCACUGAGUGCAUGAGGGAUGAGAACGAGAGCCCCAUCCCUUGCUUCUUCGCUGGCGAUCACAGAGCCAACGAGCAGCUGGGACUGACGACUAUGCACACACUGUGGUUCAGGGAGCACAACCGGAUUGCCACAGAGCUGCUCAAGCUCAACCCUCACUGGGACGGCGAUACCAUCUACCACGAAGCCCGCAAAAUCGUAGGCGCUCAGAUGCAACACAUUACAUACAGCCACUGGCUUCCCAAGAUCUUGGGGGAAGUGGGAAUGAAGAUGAUAGGGGACUAUAAAAGCUACGACCCCAAUGUCAAUGCUGGAAUAUUCAACGCUUUUGCCACAGCCGCCUUUCGCUUUGGUCACACUCUUAUUAAUCCCACCCUGUACCGGCUGGAUGAAAACUUCAACCCCAUUCCCCAGGGUCACCUCCCCCUUCACAAAGCCUUCUUCUCUCCAUUCCGGAUUGUUAACGAAGGGGGCAUUGAUCCGCUGUUGCGGGGUCUCUUUGCAAAAGCUGGGAAGAUGAGAGUCCCGACGCAGCUGCUGAACACAGAGCUGACCGAGAGGCUGUUCUCCAUGGCUCACUCGGUGGCUUUGGAUCUGGCUGCCAUGAACAUUCAGAGAGGCCGGGACCAUGGAAUCCCACCAUACAAUGAUUACAGAGUCUUCUGCAAUCUCUCAUCUGCCAAUACAUUUGAGGAUCUGAAGAAUGAGAUUAAGAAUCCUGAUGUAAGGCAAAAACUUGAGAGACUUUACGGCACACCUCUGAAUAUUGACUUAUUCCCUGCCUUAAUGGUGGAAGAACUGGUCCCUGGCAGCAGACUUGGGCCAACUCUAAUGUGUUUGCUUGCAACUCAGUUUAAACGCCUCCGAGAUGGGGACAGGUUCUGGUAUGAAAACCCUGGUGAAUUUACUCCAGGCCAGCUGACGCAGAUCAAACAGACCUCUCUCGCGAGAGUUGUGUGCGACAACAGUGACAACAUCACCAGGGUCCAGCCUGAUGUCUUCCAGGUUGCAGAGUUCCCACAUGGAUAUGUCAGCUGUGAGGAGAUACCCAGAAUGGACCUGCGGAUGUGGCAAGACUGCUGUGAAGACUGUCAAACCAAAGGGCAGUUUAAUGCCCUCUCUUUUCAUUUCCGUGGCAGACGCUCUGCAGAAUACAGUUUUGCUGACGAAAACAUUUCCAGCCAAGAGGACAAAAGUAACAGUCUGAGCUCUGUGGAAGAUGGUGCAGAAACAAUGAAUAAUGUAACCUUGUCAACAAGUCCUGACCAACAAAAACCUGAAACUGCAUUUAAUGACUUUAAAGACUUUGUGGUAGAGAUGCAAAAAACAAUCACAAGUCUACAAAAGCAGAUUAAGAAGCUUGAGUCUCGCCUGAGUAAAUCGGACUGCACUGAUGAAACUGGGAGAGAGCGAUCCAGUACAGAGAGUUGGAAACGGGAUCUUUGUACCACAUGUGAAUGCAAAGAAGGACAAGUGACCUGUUUCGUGGAGACUUGUCCGGCAGUUGAAUGUCCAAGACCAGUGAAACUUAAAGGAGCGUGUUGUCCAAUCUGCUUGAACCCAGCAUUGAGCAAGAACGAAAACGUAUAAAGCCAAACACCAGAAAGACUUGCCUUUUUACAGCCACCUGUGUCGGAGUGUUUCAAUUGGUAACAAGAAACCCUUCCAGAACUGUUUCUGUUCUUCAAUCGCAAAGGGAGCAGGUCUGAUGCAGCCGCUACAGGGCAGCGGUGCCCGAGGUCCUGCAGGCCUCCCCACAAGAGGCCAGUUACCAUGGAAACGUUUAAAUGUUGUGGUGUACGUGCUGUUACCUUCUAUUACAGAUAUUCACAAGCUUGGUCACUAAGGCGGGAAUCACAACUGCCAUGAGUAUGAAAGGGAAUUAGGUAGUUAAUGUGACAGGGUGGUUUUGUUGUGUCUGCCAUAUUUUAUUGUUUAUAAAAGCUUUCUCAGGUUAGAAAUGCCAAAUAUUGGUGCUACUAUUUUCCCCUUAAGUGUAUUUUUUUUGGUCAAAAUAUGCAUAGCUACAUAUAUACAUUAUGUGCCUUUAUUCUUGAAUCACAUUUGAGAAAAUAUUUUUUAAAGUACUCUUAAGACAUUUUACGUAUAAAGUGACAAAAGUUACUGCUUCUUUUACUAAUGUUUAAGGUGCUUCUAUACAAAUUAUACUGGCUUACAUAUGAAGAUAAUGUGAAGAGACUUUUUUUUAACCUUUUUUGUAUGCAAAAAUGUCUACUGAUUUUUUGUUUUUAUGUAAAUUUCUCUUCCCGACCUCUGCCAUUGUGUUUUGUUGUUCCAAAGUUUUUGGCCCGUGUACUCUGCUAACAAUUUGAACUGCAGUAUUGUGGAGUUGAAGGCAUUUUCAAUGAAAGGUAUGGGAUUUUUUUGUGGCGUUUUUUUUGGUUUUGUUUUUUGUUUUUUGGUUCCUCCUUAAAAAUGGAAAAAUGUAAUUACGUACCACUAUAAAUUCGGGUUUGCUUUUAAAGUAAUUUCUGCAUUGCCUUAACUUGUAGGUUACCGACUGACUUAUCAAAGCAGUAUUUACUGUUACAGAAAAAAAAUUAAUUAUGCAUUAGUUGCUAUUUCAUACAUUAACAAGAUUUUUUUUUAUGAAACAUUUAAUUGAAGGACAACUACCAUACCUCAGAUCAGACUGUUUACAGUACAUGGCGAUUCUACAUCUACAGGUUUUAAGAAGCGGCUGAAUUCUGCAAUACAAUACAUAUGAAGUGAUGAAAGGACAUGUGUUCACAUGUCCUAAUCUUUACCAGUUUUUUUUAUCUAUGUUACCGGAGAGCCCCCUGUAGUUUUGUCAGUGCAGUGUGGUGUGAUGACAUCAGAGAAGCAGGGUUAUGUAGCUCUUAUUAUCCUUGCAUUCCAGAUGAUUUGCUUUAAAUUCCAGCCUGCUAAUUUCCAACUAAUGGAAACCAGAUGUUAUAAAAUGCUAUUGAGUCUUACAUUUUUAUAUGAUCACUAUAUUUACAGUUGCAAAUGAUUCACAUUGUCCAAAAGGUAAGUUAGGCACUUCAGAUCUUUUUCAGAAAGAAUACCUUUUAAACAGUGCAUAUCCUCUUUUCUAGAUUCUCCAACGAGCAGUUUUUAUUUAUUUUGUUGUUUUUUUAUUGAGAAAGGAGAAUAACGAAUGUUUCAAAUCAAACGCAGAACUCCGUCGAUUUCAUUUAGCAAUUUAGUGUCUUAAUAUUUUUACAAGAAGUUAUUGCAUGCUUUUAGAACUGUUCAUGCAGCUAUACGUUGAAAGACCAGUAGCCUAGUACACAUUUUUUAAUACGUUUAUUUGGCACAACCUUUCCUCAUGUUGAGGCAGUAGGUUAAUUCAGUCACGAGUGCCAACUUCUUCUUAACCAGAUAAACAGCAGCUGUUUUAUUCCAUCUUAAAAAAAUAAGUAAGUGAGAUUUCUAGACUGCUGAAAAACAAACUAGACCCCCUUCCCCUUGAUACAAACAAAGAAGAGUUUUCAUAGUUUGGGCUGCCUAGAGAAUAUUUAAUCUAACAUUGUUUUAUUUGUCUCUUUGCUUCUGCAACUGGUCUACUUCUUCAACUGCUUCCCUCUGCAUUUCGGAUCUAACUGUCUUCAUGUAAUACACAUUGUGUGCACUGUCUGCCUUUUCACAUUCCCCUGGCAUCUGUGUUUCACAUUUUCUUUCUCUUUUAUGACCAGGCCUCAGCUUGAAGUGUAUGAAACUGUUCUAGCUUUUGCCUGUGCUUUUGUAUUUGUGGUCUCUUCUCAUAAAAUCAGUUAUUAUAAAAUCAAUUCAUCACAGGACUAUUUGGGCAACUUUGAAAAUGUGUUGUCCAAUUCCUAAAAGUCAGAGCCUGUUCUCCACACUCUGUCAACAGAAUGCACUGUUCUGCAAGCGUGAAAUUGUUUUAGCAACACUGUUUUUAAAUGACACAGAGUUAACCGAAUACCUUUUGAUAUUUGUAUUGUAAAACAUUGUUUGCCAAAGAAAUGUUUGCACUGUAAUGUAUGCCUCUCAACCAAAUUAAAUAGGCCGCAUUUUAAAUGAA